AUGGGCUGUUUUAAAAUAGGCUCCGGUCCACCGAUACCAAGUCUGGAAGGUACAGACCCAAUACUGAAUGGCAACCACGUUUCCAGAUUGGGUGCUGUACAAAAAUGUCUUCACGCCGCGCGCAGGAAAGGAAACAAAAUGUUCGCUGUAGCGAGUGGAGGGAAAUGUUUGUCCGCAGCAGUCGAGUAUUCUGAUGUCGAGAAAAGCUAUACUCAGACAUCCCACGGUUGCAAAAAUGGCAAAGGAGCAACUAAUUACAUGAAUAUUUACAUAGUUAAAGACAGUAACAACGCGGCUUUCAAGAAACCUACAGCCCAAUCAGGCACAAUUAAAGCUUCCUCCUUUGCAACAGAUGGCAGUCAUUACAAUAUAAACACAGAGAAAUGCACUAAAACAACUUCACAGAAGGACCCAUGGUGGCGAGUGGAUUUGGAAAGAGAAGUUUUAGUUCAUGACGUAUAUAUCUACAAACACUCUUAUGUAUCAGUGAACUACUUGCUUCAGAUAAGAGUAGGAAAUCACGACAACCCCAAUCUAAAGAAGAACUCACCGUGUGGGGGAUCUUUUAGAUUUAAACAGUUGCAUUGGAAAAGAAUUCGUUGCCCCUCGCCUCUGAAGGGAAGAUUUGUUAGCAUAACAAGGAUUGUUGGUAAUGGCAUCUUGAAAUUAUGCGAAGUUGAAGUUCGAGAAGAGGGUAAGUUUCACCAACAUUCAUAUCAAAUUUGCAGUUUCCAAAAUGUUUGACCAAAUUGCACUGAGACAAAACCACAAACAUUUAAAUUUGAUUAAAUGGUCAAUAGUUUGUUACGCCAAUAGCGUGAACAGUGGGAAAGCAGGUCUAAGAGGUAAGAAAAAGAAAUAUUCAGCCCUACAAGUUGUUUUUGUUUUCCGGUUCGAUGCAAGGAUAAAAGAAAGGUGGAGAUAAGAUACUUCUUGGUAAGAAGGGGAAUAGGCUGAAACGAAACAAACCUCUCUCGACGCGUUUCGUCGGAUCUUUCCCGCUCUUUCUCGUGUCAAAAAAAGGUUGCUCCAGUUCAGGCCAAUGCGCAGACGCAAGCUGUGUUGU